AUGAUCUUGUACGCUGGUUGUAUUGUAGUGGAGUCGAAGGAAACUAGCCGGCAAUUUAUUGUCUUAGCUACACUAUACACCGGCUUUCUACAAUGCCAUCGCUGGAGUCUGCUGCACCUCUUGGCAGGGUUUCAACUUAUCGAACCCAAAAACCAAUGA